CAUAUUUUCCGCUUCUUUAAUUCUCUUUUACUCCUCCCUGCCACCGCCGCCUAAUCGCUUCUCUCUCCUCUUAAUUACCCCCCUAGUGGUGUAUAUACACACAAACCCACGCGGUACAUCGCUUUCCAUUGUCCCCAUUCAAAUUCGGCAAACCAAAAACCUCUCGCUGCCGCCGCGUGGGCCUCAGAUGGACGGCGGAAGUGAAACCUCCGGCGGCGGAAGAAGGCGGCGGGGGAAGAGGAGGGAGGAGUUGAGGAGGUUCGAGUGCUUGUCGCCGCGGUCGCUGCUGUCGUGGUGGUUUUCUUCGUCGGAGGAGAAGGAGGUGAAGGUGAGGAGAGAGUCGAGGAGGGAGGGGGUGGGCAGGGAGGUGGCCCAGGUGGGGUGUUCGAUGGAAGGUCUGAAUGGGGAAUCAUCGUCAUGCGUUUUGGGGUUGAGAAGAGAGAGUCAUAGUCAGGAGGCAUCAGGACAACACAGGAAGGAUGAUUGUUUCAACAUGGCACUUGGAUUUGGUCUAUUUUAUCUUCUUGCUGCAAGUAAAAAUGAGGUCACUAAGAUGAUAGAGUUACGGAAAGAACUGGAAAUGCUUCUUCAAAAUGCCAAAGAGAAGCUCCAGAGCCAAAACAGGGCAAUAUUCUCGAAGCCAUCUGAGUCAAAUGUGAUUUCGACUUGCUCAACUUUUGACGUCCAAGAAAGUCUAAUCUCCAAUGGGAGUGUUUCACAAAGUCAAUUCUUCUUCAAAAACCAAGUAGAUUCAGAAACUCCUGAGCCAUGUAAUCACUCUCUUACUUGCAAAACAAGUAGACAAGAAAAUUGCAUAGAAGGGAUAGAUCAGCUGGAGGCCGAACUUGAAGCUGAAUUGGAACGGAUGCAAAUCCACAUGGAUACAGGAGAUAAUCUAGAAUACACAAAGCAGCAUAAAGUUGAGGUUACUGUUGAGGAUACUACUCCUGGACAAUGCCUGGACACAAACCUUGGAGAAGAAUUCCAAUAUCCAGAGGGUACCAUAGAACACUUUGGAGUUCCCCCUGAAGAGCUUGAAAGGAGAUUGCAUGAAGUUCUCGCAUUGAGGCAAGAAGAAAGGAUAAAAGAGCUGGAAGCUGCUUUAGAAUUCGCCAAUCGAAAGCUUCUUGAGAAAGAAAGAGAGCUUUGUUGGUGGAAGGACACUGCAAAACUCAUUUCUGAGCAUGUUCCAAGCACCUCUCGGUCUCGGUGAGAUCAGAACAUACCCAAGUCUUUGAAAAUGAGAUGUUGAUCAAGGUUCCCUAUAUUUUGAGCAACUGAAGGUCACUUCAAAAGAGGACUUACUGUUUGUUUUUUUAUAUUUUUGCUUGUUGAUUCACACAGUGUGGGAUAGAUUUGGGAAACCUGAUGUAACACAGCAGAUAAUAAGAAGGGUGAUAGUGGUAACUUUUUUAAGGGUCUCAGGGGCAAAAACUGGAAAAGAAAUUGACUAUGUAAUUAUCUGUUUUGGUAAGCUAUCAGUUAUUUGUAUUUUGGAGCACUAUGUGACAAACAUUUAUGUAAAUAGUGCAGUUCUUUUGAUCAGA